CCUGACCGAGACUGUCCUCAGACCCGCUCCUCAGGGCUUUGGUUUCCCGGGUUCCUCCCCUCCUCCGCCCACGCGCCUUCAAGUGCGUCUUUGUCCUUCGCCACUCUGGAGCCCGCGCUUCCUGGAGCCGGGACCCCGCCACGCCGAGCCCUUUUGAUGGUGUCCGUCUCCGACCAAGAUCUUGGGGCUCAGACCUUAACUGCGCACACCCGGAACUGAUCAGACAUGCUGAAGAGGCGGGGGCGUGUUAUUCUGCAGUGUUCCCAAUGCUGUAAAUACUUUGGAAUGUUUACUUUGGGAAGUGAAAAUUCUUGAUUAUGGCUCACUAUUCCAAAGAAGAGCUGGAUGAAGAGUUUGAACAGUUCAUGAAAGAGCUUUCAGAUGAUUCUUUUGAGAAUUCAAACAAAACACCUAGACAACCUAAAAGAGAAGUGAAAAAGAAAGAUGCAGUGCCAUGGUGGUUAACUGAAGACGAUUUUGAAGAUGGUGGGCUGCUUGGAACAAAUGUAAGCUAUCUGAAAACAAAGAAGCCUUCUCAGCCUAUUAUGGAAAUAGAAGAGGAGUCUGCUGAAAGGAUUCAGUUUCUUCAGAGCAGUGGAACCUCUAUCUUAAGUAUUGACAGCUUAGAAACAAAUGAGAUAGUAGUUUCUGAACUCAAUCAUAGUGUUCUUGAGUUGGGAUUGGACACACUAGAAGAACAAGAAGAAAAAGAGCAAUUUUUUGCCAGGCUUGAGGAAGGCCUAACAUCUUCCAUUGAUUAUUCAAGAUUAAAUAAGGAACUGGAUUCUAAUGACUCCACACAAUUUAAAGCUUUACAUAGUUAUCAAGCUAAUGUAGAACUAAAUGAAGAUAAACAGGAGAAUGAAUCAAAACAUGAAGAACUGGCAGGAAAUUACAGUGAUGAUUUUGAAGGUGAGGAGGAUACUGAUGCACCUUUGACUGCUCAAGGAGAGACUAAUACCGAAGAAAAUCCCAAAUCUGAAAAACUACAUGUACCCAAACAGGAAGAAGAGAAAACUGGCAUGCUGGCUAAUGUAGUGCUGCUUGAUUCCUUAGACUCUGUUGCAGAGGUCAACCUUGAUGAACAGGAUAGAGCGACUAAGCCAGAGGCCCUGCCAGAAAUGGCUGAUGAUGAAAUGACAGGAACAGCAGGUGUUUCUUUUGGACAAAGCAAUAGUGACAUUGAAGCACUACGUCAGGCUUAUUGUCAUAUAGCCCAUUCUUUGGGAGAUGCAGACGAACAAAGAACUGAGAGUAACGCAGUGGAAAAUAUCAAGAGCUCAGUGAAAGAUUACCCGCAAGAGAAUGAAGAGUCCUCUAAAAACAUCUCUACUACCGAGUCUGAUCUGCCCACAGUAGAGGAGCUGAUGAAACCUAUCAGAAUAGAUUCCUGUGGUGUCAGUGGUUUUGACUCACAACCUGUCAGCUUUAAGAAACUGGCUGAUAGAAAAGAAACUGAAUUUGUUAGCCCUUCACCCCUUAAGAUGAACCCAAAUAUUAUAUCUCAAGAGCCACAAAAUGCAAAACAAUUUUUUGACAAAAAUGAAGAGAAUGUGGUUUUAGAAAAGACAACAAGUAAAGGUGUAGAAAAUGGCUGUCCGGGAGUAAAUACUACGGAAGAACAAAUGGAUAAAAUGUACCUUGAUAUUUUAAGGAGAAAACUAUCUGUUCGUCCUUCAUUAUUGCCUCAGGAUGACAAAAUACAUAAAGCUUUUAGGUCUCAACUCAGUUCUGGAGAAGAGGGGGCUGUAACUGGUAAACAGGUACCAUACAAGAAGGCCAAAAGUGCACCUCCGUUACUUAAAAGAAAACCCCAGAGUGGAUUAUAUGCAUCAGUUAGGAGCUCAGGCUAUGGCAAACCCAGUUCACCAUUCAAGACUUUUUCUACUCUUGAAAAGAAAACUUCAAAGGACGUUAUGAAAAGCAAACACUUGAGAUCCAUUCCCACUUCAAAUCAAGCUAAGAAAAAAGAAAUCUUAUCUGGAACAAAAGUCAUCAAGCCUGCAGCUUUGGGUAAAGCAGCUCCCAAAAUUGAAAGUUGCCUGGUUACUCCUAAGAAGGCUGAAGAGUCUGCAGAAACUGAUUACGGUGUUCAGUUUCAGAAUGAUUCUUCAGGCUACCGUGGUGAGAGCAAGGAGACUGAGAUAAUUAUGUUUAAAAGAGUUCAGGAAGCAGAGGAAAAAUGGAGGGGUGCACAAGCCCUAAUUGAGCAAAUUAAAGUUACAUUCUCAGAAAAAGAGAGAGAGCUGGAAAAUAAGAUGGAAGAACUAAAGAGACAACAAGAAAAGGAACUCUUCAAACUGAACCAAGACAAUUACAUUCUUCAAGCCAAGUUAAGUAGCUUUGAGGAAGCAAACAAAAAGCAAAGAUGGUUACAUUUUGGAGAAACAGCUGAUCCUGUCACUGAAGAAAAAUUGAAGCAAAUUCAAAAAGAAAUACAGGAACAAGAGACACUGCUUCAAGGAUAUCAGCAGGAAAAUGAAAAAUUGUAUAAGCAAGUGAAAGAUCUCCAAGAACAAAACAAGAAAAAUGAGGAGCGAAUGUUCAAGGAAAACCAGAGUUUAUUCAGUGAGUUGGCUUCCUUAAAAGAACAGAUGCACAAAAGCCGUUUCCUGUCUCAAGUAGUUGAAGACUCAGAGCCCACCAAAACCCAGAAUUUUACAGAUCUGUUAGCAGAACUGCGGGUGGCACAGAAAGAAAAAAGCAAUUUAUUGGAAGACAUCAAAAGACUGAAGCAAGACAAACAAGCUCUUGAAGUAGACUUGGGAAAAAUGAAGAGAGAGAGAGACCAAGCCAAAGAUCAGAUUGCUCAUGCCACAGGUGAAAAAUUAUAUGAAAUAAAAAUUUUAGAAGAAACACAUAAGCAAGAAAUCAGUCGUCUGCAAAAAAGAUUACAGUGGUAUGCUGAAAAUCAGGAACUUCUGGAUAAAGAUGCAGUUCGGCUUAAAGAAGCAAAUGAGGAAAUUGAGAAGCUCAGACUUGAGGUUAAGAAGCUGAAAGCUGAGUCUGGAAAUCCAUCUAUUCCACAGAAGAUACGUUUAAAAGAGAAAGCAGCCGAUGCCAAAAAAAUUCAGGAUCUAGAGCGACAAGUUAAGGAAAUGGAAGGAAUUCUAAAGAGAAGACACCCCAAUUCUUUACCUGCUUUAAUAUUGGCUGCAUCAGCAGCUGGUGAUACAGUGGAUAGAAAUACAGUGGACUUUAUGGAAAAAAGGAUAAAAAAACUAGAAGCUGAUUUGGAGGGCAGAGAUGAAGAAGCAAAGAAAAGCCUUCGUACCAUGGAACAACAGUUCCAGAAAAUGAAGAUUCAGUAUGAACAGAGACUAGAGGAGCAGAAGCAGCUCCUUGCCCGCAGACUAAAGGAGGCGCCCCAGAGCCGCCCUGACGGUGCUUGCGGGGCCGAAGCACUACAGAGGGAGCUCGACGGCAUCAAGGAAGCCCAUCAAAGCACCGUAAGGAAACUUGAAGCUGAAAUAGACAUUCUUAAACGUGAGAAAGCCGAACUGGAGCUCAAGAAAAAUGACAAAGAUGAUAAAGAUCUCCAGUCUGUAGAAUUCCAGAUAGAACAGGCCCACGCUAAAGCUAAACUGGCGAGACUCAGUGAGGAGCUGGCUGAGAAGCGGAGAGAAAUACAAGACCUUUCGAAAACUGUGGAGAGGCUUCAGAAGGAGAGGAGGACGAUGCUGUCGGACCAGAACUCUAAGGGUAGAGAGGAGGUGACUGCAAAAAGGGUGAAGAAAGAUGGUUUGCAUUCAGGUAAAGGAAGUGCUAACUCGUUCCCUGGAACCCUGGAUGGCAAGCUUUACCAACCACAUACUUUUGCUGAUUCCCGUGUUUCAGAGGUUUUACAAGAAAACUGCAGAUUGAAAAAUGAACUGGAGAGAUUAAUUGUGGAGAGGAAUGAGCUGAAGAUGAAGUCUGAAGCAGCAAUGAACCAAUUUGAAAAUUCCAUGAAAAGGGUCAAGGAAGAUACAGCAGCACAUAUUGCAUCUCUCAAAGCAUCUCAUCAGAGGGAAGUAGAGAAACUCCUCUGCCAAAACGCAGUUGAAAAUUCUUCUUCCAAAGUAGCUGAACUAAAUCGUAAAAUAGCAACUCAAGAGGUACUUCUAAAACAUUUCCAAAAUCAAGUUAACGAGCUGCAGGGUAAACAGGAGUCUCUUACAGUUUCUCAAGUUCGAGAAGAAAUCCUACAAAAAGAGAUUGCAAAACUCCUAGAAGAACUAAGAGAAGCCAGAGAAAACCAUACACCAGAGAUGAAACAUUUUAUGGGCUUAGAAAAGAAAAUUAAACAGAUGGAAAUGAGACAUCAGCAAAGAGAGCAGGAACUUCAACAGAUAAUACAGCAGACACACCAAGUAGUAGAAACUGAGCAAAACAGAGAAAUUGAGAAAUGGAAAAGACUUGCGCAGUUGAAGAAUCGGGAGUUGGACAAGUUCCGUGCGGAAUUAGACUCCAUACUGGACGUUCUUCGAGAGCUGCACCGGCAGGGCGUGGUUGUGCCAGUUGCUUUGGCAGAUGAAGUGAAUGCACCAGAGUAUUACUAGAAACUGGGAUUUCCCAGGACCUCCCGGGAAGGCCUGAAGAUGGAGGGUGAAUGGGGCUGGGCCACUGUCAGGAGGCGGCUUUUAAAAACAACUAUUCCAGUAUGUGGCCAGAAAGCAGACAAUACGAAAGCAACAUUUCAAAAUAAAUUGCCCUAAACCAGUAAGAAAAAACAUUAUGCUGUAUUUUACUGAAAAUCAUUAACCAGUCACACGUUAAGUAAUUUAUGGACAAGUCCCUUUGUGUCAGAUGAUUAGAAUGAGUGAGAUUAGUUGAAGAAGGUCUUAAGUUCUAGAUAUGGAAAGAAAACAAUUGCUCCUACUCUGCCAUUUUUGACUAAGUGUAUUCUGAAUCCUUGGUGACAGAAAAUAGCUCCUCUUUCUCACGGAAACAGAAGAAUGUGAGCACAGUGGCCUGGACAGUCACAUCGACAGUCACCCGAGUAGCAGAGCUCCCACAAUUAGCAAGAACUACAACUUCGUACAGCAAACAGGGAACGUCCCGUGUUCUCCCAGAUUUCCACUUCUACUCUGAGUGCCUCAUGGUUGCACCUGAUAUAAGGUGCAAAAUAUGG